AUGCAACAUUCAUGGAUACUUGGCCAUCUCGAAAUCGUCGGCAGACUCCUCAAGGACCUGCCCUCGGACGCCCACGGCAAUUACCUCCCGAUUCUCAUACUCGAAAACUGGCGCGAACUCUUCCCUCAAUGCGACAACCGACCACCGGUCCUCUACCUCGACAUGUGGCCCUUUGCCCAGCCAUUCUUGUUGCCCCUCCUGCUGCCCAUCGCGGUCCAAUUCACCCAAGACCACUCCCUCCCCAAGGCUCACGAGCAAAACAAGAUCCUCCGACCCCUGACAAAGAACAAGGACCUCUCAACCAUGGACGGAAACGAGUGGAAAGUCUGGCGGAAGAGGCUGAAUGUAGGGUUCUCGAUCCAGAACAUCACGAACCGCAUCCCCGACAUGCUGGACGAAGUGGAGAAGUUUUACGACAAGCUCGAAGCCAAAGCUGGGAGGAAUGGCGAGUGGGGCCCGGUCUUCCAGAUGGAGUUGCAGACGACGAAGCUGGCGAUGGAUAUGAUCUUUCGCUUCUUCUUCGGCAAGCAAGUCCAUGCCAGACUGGCCCAUGUCCAGCCAGCCCUCGAAGAUGCCGUCAUGGACACGAUUCGGAGAUUUGUCUUUUUUCACCACAUCGGCAACUUUCUGGUCGAACACAGCCCUUGGAGGAAGUUCAAGUUGUGGAAGAAUUACCGGACUUUGAUGGCAGGAUUGGGCCCCGUCCUGCACCAGCGACUGGGCGAGUUGACCGCCGACGAUAAGCCCCGAGCCAAGGUUGCCGACACCGUCGUGGACGCCCUGAUACAAGGAGUCAUGGAAGAUCGCGACGCAGGGUUGGUCAACACAUCGGACCGGGAUUUCUUGGAAUUGGCAGUUGGGCAAGUCGGCAUGUUCAUCUUUGCUGGACACGACACGACUGCGAGCGCUAUUUGCUGGGUUCUCCACUUGCUAUCGAAACAUCCCGAGGUUUUGGAAAAGGUCAGGGCUGAGCACGACGCGGUUCUUGGGCCCGACCCGAAUGCUGCCGCCAGCGUGCUGCGCGCGAAGCCAGAGUUGAUCAACGCGCUCACUUACACCAACGCUGUCAUGAAAGAGGCCAUGAGAGUACAUACCAACGUCGGCACCAUGCGGAGGGGCGAGCCCGGUUUCUAUCUCACAGGGCCAGCCGGGAGUGGAUAUGAUGGGGUGAAAUUCCCUUGCGGGGAAGGGUGGGUGGUAUGGGACAACACCUUUGCGCUGCACAGAGACCCGGAGCAGUGGCCAAGGGUACAUGAGUUCAUACCAGAGAGAUUCCUGAUCACGGACGAGAACGAUCCUAUGCACCCACCAAAGAACGGCUGGAGGUUCUUCGAGCUCGGGCCGAGGAACUGCAUCGGGCAGCAUCUGGCGAUGGUGGAGAUCAAGAUGGCGCUGGUGCUGGUGUUGCGGAGGUUGGAUGUGAAGGCUGCUUGGGAUGAGUGGGAUGCUAAGAGGUGCGAAUUCUACCCAUCGAGUCUUGACAAGGUAACUAACAUGAAAUCAACCAAACAGGGCCCUCAAGGGAAAGAAGACGUCCAUGAUAUGGGGUGA